GAAUCAGGAGCACCAGGAGAUUGCGGGAACGUGAACGAACGUUCUCGACUCCUUGAAGCUUCCCACCACCGCCAUAGACGGCCAGACCACUUACUCCACGUGCCACGUGUCCAAUCAAUUGAUUCCUAGAGAUAGACACGGCCGCCUCGCAACGGCGCUGCGCGCGGCCAGCUUCAUAGUCAACGGCAGCUAUGACGCACUCCACGUCUACCGUGUCGCAGCCAUAUAAGAUCAGGCUGGCUCCAACAUGGGUCAACGCUGCUCCGGCACCUCGGUCCUCGCCUCUUCUUCUCCGCCUCCGCUGGAGAGCCGGCAUGCUCGUUGCUCCUCUCCGGGUCCGCCUCCUUGGCGCCCGCCCGGUCGCCCGCAGCCGUGCUGGUGCGCCUUUUCCCCGUACGUAUGACCAGCACCACGGCGGCUAAGGCUUUCGGUGGAGAGCAGGAAGGGGAGGCGAAGCCUUCUGCCGCUUCGAGGGAACCGACUGCCGUCCCGCCGAGCGAGCGCAAGGCCGUUGCGAGCUAUUGGGGCAUCCAGCCAUCCAAGAUCAUCAAGGAGGACGGCACCCCCUGGAGGUGGUCUUGCUUCAUGCCGUGGGAGACGUACAAGGCGGAUACCUCGAUUGAUCUCAAGAAGCACCACGUCCCCGCGACGCUCCUCGACAAGCUCGCUUACUGGAUGGUAAAAGCUCUCCGAGUCCCGACCGACAUCUUCUUCCAGAGGAGGUAUGGGUGCCGCGCGAUGAUGUUGGAAACUGUGGCGGCCGUGCCGGGGAUGGUGGGUGGCAUGCUCCUCCACCUCCGCUCCCUCCGCCGUUUCGAACAAAGCGGCGGGUGGAUCCGCUCGCUGCUGGAGGAGGCGGAGAACGAGCGGAUGCACCUGAUGACGUUCAUGGAGGUGGCACAGCCUCGGUGGUACGAGCGCGCCCUCGUGAUCGCCGUGCAGGGCGUCUUCUUCAAUGCAUACUUCCUCGGUUACCUCGUCUCGCCCAGGUUCGCCCACCGCGUGACGGGAUACCUGGAGGAGGAGGCCAUCCAUUCCUACACCGAGUUCCUCAGGGACCUGGAGGCCGGUGAGAUCGACAACGUCCCCGCCCCCGCCAUCGCCAUUGACUACUGGCGCCUCCCCGCCGAUGCCACGCUGAAGGACGUCGUCAUGGUUGUCCGUGCUGAUGAGGCGCACCAUCGUGACGUCAAUCACUUCGCUUCGGACAUCCAUUACCGGGGGAUGGAACUCAAGGAUAUACCUGCACCGUUAGGUUAUCACUGAACUGCUGCUAGGUGUUACGUCUCUGUGCUCUGCCAGACGAGUAGAAAAACUGUUUAUAAAUAAAUUCGAUUUAUCUUCCAGCAGAAAUAUUUUCGAUUUUUAUUGAAUCAUAAUUAAAAGAAUAAUUGAGAUACAA